ACUAGGCCACAAAACAAUAAAAGAUAGAUAAACUGAAAAAACAAGACAGCUGCCUCAUACCAUAUAUUAUGAGACUUCCUGCAUAGUUUACCACCAUGGCUACAAUCAUCAAACCUUUUUUGCCAAAUUUUCCUUUGCAAAAACAGACACUACCCUUGAACUCUCAAUGGAUUUCUUGCAAACCAAUCUCAGAUUCAGUCACUACUUUGCCAGUUUCACACUUCAGACAACAAGGACAAUUUGCAGCUGCUGUUGCUUUCAAUCCCUCUGGAAAUUUCGACCUUCCUAUAUAUGAUGGAGAAGAGGAUUCAACUGAAGUUAAACCACCUCCAAUGCCCCCAACCGAAGGCAGAUUCGAGAUUGUAAUCGAUAAUGAUAUAGUUCGCCGUCUUGACUUGUCCCCGUUUCACAACGUCACAGGGUUUGUUUCACCCUCGCGAGUGGAGCCGAAAGAGUUUCUUGAGCGUACAAUUGGAUUUACUAUUAACUACACGAGAGAAGAUCCGAUGGAUCCUCGAGAACUAUCAGAGUUCCCUGAUAUAAGACUCUGGUUUUUGAGGCUUGAUGCUACUUAUCCUUGGUUACCUGUCUUGUUGGACUGGCGAGCGGGAGAACUGGCUCGUUAUGCAGCAAUGUUAGUCCCUCACCAGGUGAAUAUGAAAUUGGGAGUAGUUUUUAAUCCUGAGGCACUGGAAUUGUUUGUCAUGAAGAAAGUUUUCGUCGUGUACUCUUGGUUGCAGCAGCAGAAUGUUCCAAAGCCUAGACUCAAGACUAGUGACAUGGCUAGGAUGCUUGGAUUUGGGAUAGGAAAUGAACUCUUUGACUUGAUUGAUCAACAUUCUCCGGCUUCAUAAUUAUGGAAAAACUUCGCUGUCAGGUUCAUCCAAGAUUUCAGAUGGGCUUAAAGUUCCCCUUGCGAUGACCAAUUGGUGUCACUUGGGAUCUUAGAAGAGCUGCAAUCCACAAAAGGAAAUCGACGGAGCCUGAGGGGGACGAAACCUCAAAUUGCAUUCUUGCCGUGGAGCUGCACAGAAAGGGGUCCCUAAAGUCCCAACAGAACAAAAUAAUGAUAUCAAGUAUUAUGCACACCUCUAUUUUGCAGUUCAAUGUGCCUUUACUAGUAAAAUUAUAUUAGAUUUCUGAGUCCAGAUA